AUGGAUUUUAAGAUAUCCUUCGUGUUGUUGUCGACAUUAUACGGAAUCACACUAGGACAAGAUAGUGAUGAUUAUAGCAGACUUUACAAUAACUUAACAACAAAUUACAACAGAAACAUUCGACCUAUUGAAAAUGUCCAACAACCGACAAUAGUCGAUUCUUCUUUUAUACUUUUAUCUAUUAAGGAGUUUGAAGAGAAAGAAGGGAAACUCGAGAUAGUUGGCAUUUUCACAUUCACAUGGAAAGACAAGAGAAUGGCAUGGGAUCCACAUGUACAUGCAGGUAUAUAUUCAUUAUUAAUACCACAAAAUCAGGUAUGGAUACCUGAAGUAGUUAAUGCCCAGCCAUACGAGAAAAUCGAACCAUUGGGAUUUGAAAGGCUUAAUGUCCGCGUGAUGUUUGAUGGAACGAUGCUUUGGAUGCCCGGAGAUGUGUACCAGACCACAUGUUCUGCUGACGUCACUUAUUAUCCUUUCGAUAUUCAUCGAUGCGAAUUCAUCUUCACACCUUGGAUGCAUUCGAUGGACGAAAUGCUCAUUCAGGUCGUGCAUAGGGAAAUGGACCUGGCACAAUUUACUCCCAGUGGUGUAUGGGAACUCAGAGACACUUACGUUAGAGUUGGUGAAAUACCAGGUUCCCAAUUGUUUUUACUUGGGUUGGAGUUUCAACGCCGUCCGAUUUUUCAUGUAGUUAAUAUCUUGGUGCCGAUAACUGUUCUGGGGAUUUUAAAUGUGCUGGUGUUUCUGCUUCCCGCAGAUUCAGGUGAACGUGUUGGAUUUUCUAUAACAGUAUUACUAGCAAUGUCUGUGUUUUUAACUAUCAUCGCUGAUAGCUUACCCAGCACCAGUCAGCCAAGCAUACCAAGGAUGUCCUAUCUCUUGCUUGCAGAUCUGGUAAUAGGAACAAUGAUAACUAUAUGUACAAUUCUGGUAUUACGUUUACAUCAUAAAGGCGAGGACGAAACUGUCCCACGAUGGCUCCGAUGUCUCUCGUGUAAGAGAUGUUGCUCCAAACGUAUAAAAGAGAAAAAAUCUACAUUUGAUGCAUCAGACACGUUAUCUAAUCCAUAUACAAAUGAAUUCAAUUCCAGAUCAACAAAUGUGUCGUCGAUUACAGAGAACAGAAAGAUAUAUCAUUGGAAGUUCAAUCAGUUUGGACAGUUUCAAAGUAGAUCAGGCACUUACAAUGAGAUAAGAGGAAACCAAUACAAGCGAGAAGGAAUAACUCCACAUCCUAAUAGCAGUAGGCAAUAUCCCCAGGAGGAGGGCAAUAACAAACAGGAAGUUGCGACCUCUUCAGCAGAAGAUCAGCCUAUCGUUAAAUGGAAAGACAUUGCAGACUUUUGCGAUGUUUUCUUGUUUAUUGUGUUCCUUUUGAUUAUCAUUGCAAAAAUAAUAGCAUCAUUUUUACUUUUUAAGGAUAGUGCUUAA